AUGGUGCUACUUGUGUUAAAAAGAUCAAUCAGAGAUCUUUGUCAGCACAUUUUCACUGAUGACCAAGAAGGACUGGAUUGUGAAUUAGAACUACACGUUGAUGAUCUUCAUGUCCUCAUAUCUACACCAUUUCACCCUGCCUAUGUCACUGCGGAAAGAAUAAAAAAAGCUAAAAAUUUAGAGCUUCUUUUGACUGCUGGCGUUGGUUCUGAUCACAUUGAUCUAAAGGCUGCUGCUGCUGCUGGUUUAACUGUGGCAGAGGUCACAGGAAGCAAUGUAGUGUCUGUUGCUGAAGAUGAACUCAUGAGAAUCCUCAUUCUAGUGAGGAAUUUCUUGCCCGCGUACCAUCAGGCUAAAACUGGAGAAUGGAAUGUUGCUGAGGUUGCACAUAGAGCUUAUGAUCUUGAAGGAAAGACUGUUGGAACUGUUGGUGCUGGACGUAUUGGGAGGCUUUUACUCCAAAGGUUGAAACCCUUUAACUGUAACCUUCUAUAUCAUGAUAGAGUUAAGAUGGAAGCUGAAUUGGAGGAGCAAAUUGGAGCUAAGUUUGAGGAGGACCUUGAUGCAAUGCUUCCAAAGUGUGAUGUAAUUGUUAUCAAUACCCCUCUCACUGACCAGCCAAGGGGAUUGUUUGACAAAAAUAGAAUUGCCAAGUGCAAGAAGGGUGUCUUGAUUGUUAACAAUGCUCGUGGGGCAAUUAUGGAUACCCAAGCUGUUGCUGAUGCUUGCUCUAGUGGGCACAUAGCAGUUAUAUGGAUAAAACAGAAACCAAUUGGAAAAAAACAACUUCAUAAUCAAGAGAUAUUGGUCUACUACUUCCGAAAGCAACUUCAUGAAGCCAAAGCUAGUGAUAAAAAUAAUUUGAAAUCAGAUCAUGGUCAGACAUUAAAGGAUGUUGUUGAUGCAAAACAUGCAUCCAAGAAAGUCAAAGAGGUGCAGACUCCAUCUGCAGAAUCAAAGAGGCAGUAA